AUGGUCCAUCAGCCACUCUCUCUCUCUCUCUGUAUCGCCUUCUCCAUAGAGGGCCAUAGAUAAGAAACUACUUGUCUCUUCGCAAAACCCUAACUCAUAGCUCUUUUCCCUUCAAAUCCCGUAAAUACCCUUCGCUCCCCCCUAUGAAAAUUCUUCACCAAGUUACCCUUCCCCAAGCGAAAAUCCAAAACCAAAGCCUAACUCAAUCACUGCUGCUCUCGUUUCCAUUUCCGAUUCCAUUCCUUUCUUCUCCUCAGCUCCAAUCGGUUUCAGCAGCGUGUUGCACUAUAUGCUUCCUAGAAAGAGACCUGUGGAAGGCGAGGUUGUUGACGGUAGCAGCACUUGCGUUGAUCCCGAUAGCGUAGGCAAGAAGAAUCGGAUCGGUUGUUUGAUCUCCUCCGCAGCCACAGAGAAGACUAGCGGCUCCUGCGACACCGAUAGUAUAGGGAAGAGCGGCUCUAGCACCAACGGUAGCACCAGCGGCAGUAAGAGUGUUGGCGAGGCGUCGCUGAAGGACAUGGCGUUUGAUGAUGGUAAUCCGCACGACAUUGACGAGGAUCUCCAUAGCCGGCAGCUUGCCGUGUAUGGACGCGAGACUAUGCGCCGGCUUUUUGCUUCCAAUGUUCUUGUCUCGGGAUUGCAAGGCCUUGGUGCUGAGAUCGCCAAGAAUCUUGUCCUUGCUGGUGUGAAAUCUGUGACACUGCAUGAUGAAGGCACGGUGGAGCUUUGGGAUUUGUCAAGCAAUUUUUUAUUCUCAGAGACUGAUGUUGGCAAGAAUAGGGCACUUGCUUCUGUACAAAAACUUCAAGAGCUCAACAAUGCUGUUAUUGUGUCAACCUUGACCACAAAACUGACGAAAGAAAAGCUCUCUGAGUUUCAGGCUGUGGUGUUCACUGAUAUAAGCUUAGAGGAGGCAGUUGAAUUUGAUGAUUUUUGUCAUACUCAUCAACCACCAAUUGCAUUCAUCAAAGCUGAUGUUAGAGGCCUUUUUGGAAGCAUAUUCUGUGAUUUUGGUCCUCAGUUUGCGGUCUUUGAUGUUGAUGGCGAGGAACCUCAUACAGGCAUCAUUGCUUCUAUCAGCAAUGAUAACCCUGCUCUUGUGUCAUGUGUGGAUGAUGAGAGGCUUGAGUUUCAGGAUGGGGAUGUUGUUGUAUUUUCUGAAGUUCGGGGCAUGACAGAACUUAAUGAUGGGAAGCCAAGAAAGAUUCUAACUGCUAGGCCUUAUUCUUUCACCCUUGAAGAGGAUACAACAAAGUUUGGUGCAUAUGAAAGAGGUGGUAUAGUGACUCAGGUGAAGCAACCAAAAAUUUUGAACUUUAAACCAUUACGUGAAGCGCUUAAGGACCCUGGCGAUUUUCUUCUUAGUGAUUUCUCAAAGUUUGAUCGCCCACCACUUCUGCAUUUGGCAUUCCAAGCACUGGAUAAGUUCAGGUCUGAGUUGGGACGUUUCCCCAUAGCUGGCUCUGAAGAUGAUUCACAGAAACUGAUCUCUAUUGCCAGUGCAAUUAAUGAAAUCUCUGGAGAUGCAAAAUUGGAAGAUAUAAACCCAAAACUUCUUAGACACUUAUCCUUUGGUGCACGUGCUGUACUUAACCCCAUGGCUGCUAUGUUUGGUGGUAUUGUUGGGCAGGAGGUUGUGAAGGCAUGCUCUGGGAAGUUUCAUCCUCUUUUUCAGUUCUUUUACUUUGAUUCUGUUGAGUCACUUCCUACUGACACACUGGACCCUAGUGAUUUUAUGCCUUUGAAUAGUCGUUAUGAUGCACAAAUUGCUGUUUUUGGGAAAAAGCUCCAGAAGAAACUUGAAGAAGCCAAGGUAUUUGUUGUUGGAUCUGGUGCACUGGGAUGUGAAUUUCUGAAGAACUUGGCCCUCAUGGGAAUUGCAUGUGGCAAUCAAGGAAAACUAACAAUAACUGAUGAUGAUGUGAUAGAGAAAAGUAAUCUUAGUAGACAGUUUCUCUUCCGUGAUUGGAACAUUGGGCAGGCCAAAUCCACAGUUGCUGCUGCUGCUGCUACAUCAAUAAAUUCUAAGUUCCAUAUUGAAGCUCUGCAGAACCGUGUGGGUCCUGAAACUGAAAAUGUGUUUGAUGAUACCUUUUGGGAGAAUCUUAGUGUUGUCAUAAAUGCUCUUGACAAUGUCAAUGCUAGGCUCUAUGUUGAUCAGAGAUGCUUGUAUUUCCAGAAGCCACUUCUUGAGUCAGGAACCCUUGGUGCCAAAUGCAACACCCAAAUGGUCAUCCCUCACCUGACAGAAAACUAUGGUGCAUCACGAGAUCCUCCAGAGAAGCAAGCACCCAUGUGCACUGUGCAUUCUUUCCCACACAACAUUGACCAUUGCUUGACUUGGGCCCGUUCAGAGUUUGAGGGCUUGCUUGAAAAGACACCCGCUGAAGCAAAUGCUUAUCUCUCUAAUCCAAGUGAGUAUACAUCUGCGCAGAUCCAAGCUGGUGAUGCUCAAGCAAGGGAUAACUUGGAACGAGUUCUUGAGUGCCUAGACAGGGAAAGAUGUGAAACCUUCGAAAAUUGCAUUGCAUGGGCACGGCACAAGUUUGAAGACUAUUUUGCAAAUCGUGUCAAACAAUUGAUUUUUACAUUUCCUGAGGAUGCUGCAACAAGUACUGGAGCACCUUUCUGGUCUGCCCCUAAACGCUUCCCUCAACCACUUCAGUUUUCUUCUAAAGAUCAGAGCCAUCUCCAUUUAGUUUUGGCUGCAUCUAUAUUACGUGCUGAGACAUUUGGAAUCCCUAUUCCUGACUGGGCCAAGCAACCACAGAAAUUAGCAGAAGCUGUUGAUAGUAUCAUUGUCCCCGACUUUCAACCCAAGAAAGGUGUGAAAAUUGAGACUGAUGAGAAGGCCAUCAGUCUUACUGCUUCGUCAAUAGAUGAUGCUGCAGUUAUCAAUGAACUAAUAAUGAAGGUGGAACAGUGUAGGAAGAAUCUACCUCCAAACUUCAGGAUGAAACCUAUUCAAUUUGAGAAGGAUGAUGACACAAAUUACCAUAUGGAUAUGAUUGCUGGGCUUGCUAAUAUGAGGGCUAGAAACUACAGUAUACCAGAAGUAGACAAGCUGAAAGCCAAAUUUAUUGCUGGUAGGAUUAUUCCUGCAAUUGCAACCUCUACUGCAAUGGCUACUGGCUUGGUUUGCCUUGAGCUGUACAAGGUUCUAGGAGAGGGGCACAAAGUGGAGGACUAUCGCAACACAUUUGCUAACCUUGCACUUCCUCUGUUUUCCAUGGCCGAACCUGUCCCCCCGAAGGUUAUCAAGCACAAGGAUAUGAGCUGGACUGUUUGGGAUAGAUGGAUUAUUAAGGACAACCCUACACUGAAGGAGCUUAUCCAAUGGCUUGCAGACAAGGGCCUGAAUGCCUACAGCAUUUCAUGUGGAAGCUGCCUGCUUUUCAACAGCAUGUUUCCGAGGCACAGGGACCGAAUGGACAAGAAAGUAGUGGAUUUGGCAAGGGAGGUCGCCAAGGUGGAGUUGCCGCCAUAUCGUCGGCACUUGGAUGUCGUGGUUGCGUGUGAGGAUGAUGAUGAUAAUGACAUAGACAUCCCUCUCGUAUCUGUUUACUUCUGAUAGAGCUCUUUGUAUGUUCCCCUGCCAUCCAUCUUUCCCCGUACUUUGGGGCACGUAUCAGUGACUUUCUACUACUGACUUUUAUGCAGAUUGACUGUCUUUUUUGAGUACUUAAAUCUGUUGUGCCAGUAUCAUUUCUUUUUUAUCUGCGAGAUUUCUUCUU